AUGAGUCAGAACGGAAGUAGUGGAUACUACGAGGGAGAUCACACAACAGAAGACGACGAUGGACUCGUCUCGAUGCCAGAGGCCACACUCAUCGAGUGCUUCGGCAAUCUGGCAGUCACCAAGAGACCCGCCCAUCUCAGACCGCCCGCAGCGUUUUGCCUUCCAUUCGUCUCAAUGAACAAUGACAUCACCAGUGGACACGCCCUGAAGCACAUCACAUUGACAUCGGUGUUCGACGCUCUCCAUCCAUACGUGGCGAUGCCCUAUCUCAACAGGAUAGAUGUGAGCAAUGCUAUGAAUGUAUACUGGAUGAACAAUUGUCUGGAAGCCGAACAAUCAGAUCUAUUCCACCGAUUCGCACUGGAAAUGCAAGUUCAUCUCAGCGCGUGCUUCGGAUGUCGCGUCGUCCUCGACAUUUAUGGAUCGACGAGAAACGGAUUCGGCACCAGAUUCUGCGACGUCGAUAUGUCACUAUCGUUCUCACCGAGUCCGCCUCCGUGGGCGACAAAUUCGGAUCGAGUGAUGAGAGCCGUCGCGAAGGCGUUGGUUGACUUCCCGAAGGCCGUCGACGAGAGAUAUGUGAAUGCGAAGGUCCCCAUUGUGAGGUUCAGAAGCAGUGAUAUGGAUAUGGAGGCUGACAUCAGCUACAAGAACGACCUGGCUCUCCACAACACACAACUUCUCCACCAAUACUGUAAAUGGGAUCCCGAGAGACUACCGACACUCGGUGUCUGGGUCAAAGCAUGGGCGAAACGAAGUGGAAUCGGUGAGGCAUCGAAAGGAUCGCUCUCCUCGUACGCGUGGAUUGUGAUGCUCAUUCACUAUCUGCAACAAGUCGAACCGGUCCCCGUGCUCCCGUGUCUUCAAGAAAUGAAUCAUCAGAAGAACGAGAAUGUCUAUGUGCAGGGAUACAACGUCUACUACUGGAAGUUUGUCGACGCCGCACGCUCGCGACGUUGUCGAGCGUCGGUCAUCGAUUUGUUCGUCGGAUUCCUCGACUACUACGCUACGUACUUUGACUACUCGUCGAACAUCAUUCAGAUGGUGUCGAAGCGACUGGAAUACAAGCCGGAUCGAUGGUUGAAGUAUCCAAUGUGUAUUGCAGAUCCAUUCGAGACGGAUCACAAUCUGGCGCAAGGAGUUGAUCAGCCAAUGUUUGACUACAUCCGAUCGUGCAUGGAACACUCGAAGAAAGUGUUCACAGAUCGCCGCCUACGCGCAGAGUUUCUUUCGGGAUACGGGUUCGAUGUGGACGAGUUUGACGCGCGGCAUCGGAGCGAGAUGAAUUUGGAGAUGGCAUCGCAGUUUGGGGAAUACCUCCUCCACAAGUGCAUAAUGGUGAAACAAGCUCCGACUCGUCAAUUCCGUGACCGUAGUAUGAGUCAGUCGACGAGUACGAGUAACACGUCGAGUAUCUCCUCUGCAUCAUCCACAUAG